GAGAGGGCCUUUUCUCCGAGUCACCCGGUGGCCAGUCGUCCGGUCGAAUUAUACGAGUCCUCGGAUGAAGAGCCCAUUGCAAGUAGCUCGAGGGUGUCGCCGGGCCCAGCGAUAUUCGCCCGGUCGACCUGGGUAGCAGAUGGAGAGAAUGUUCGAGUCGAAGACUCGAGACUGCUUGUGCAGCUUGGACAAGAGCGGAACAUUUUGCAUCACUCCAGUGGACAAGCCUGUUGACAUGCUAUCUACCACGCUGAAGCCCGGCAUCGAGUAUCGAGUCUUCGCGCCGACAUCUCAUCCUCUACCAGUCAUCACGAGCAAAGGCUCAACGCGACUCCAAAUCAGCGAACUCAGCACUGGCGUUGAGCAGCUUGGGGUGCCCGGUUUCAGUGCCAUUUGGCCUAGAACGAGCUUCGAGGGCGUACCAGGCGUUGCAUUGAUCUCGGAUGAAUCCGAUAGUCCAGUGUAUCCCUAUAUUGAGCCAGAGUCCUGGCGGGAUGCCUUAGACACGCUGAACGAUACGCCAGUCGUCAUGAUACGUGGUCCGAAACGAUGUGGCAAGUCCACGUUCGCCAGGGCGGCCUUGAAUAAGCUUCUCGAAGAUCAUGAGAGGGUCGUAUGGCUGGAGUGUGAUCUAGGGCAGAGUGAAUUCAGUUGCGGAGGCGUCGUGGGUUUGUGGACAGUGACAGAGCCUGUGCUAGGUCCUGCAUUCACCCAUCCGGCGAUACCUACUCGGGCCUAUCACCUGGGAGAGUAUACGCCGUUGUCAUGUCCCGAAGCAUACAUAUCGGCGAUUCGGCAGUUGAUCGACUACUAUCGCUACGAGAUGGAAGGGCCACUGGUCAUCAACACGCAGGGAUGGAUCAAGGGUUUGGGAGAAGACCUGCUGAAGGCAAUCGAGUCGGCUGCAGAGCCCACCCAUGUCUUUACAUUCGAAGCGGAGGGAGGAUCUCCACCAACCUACACGGUGCCGCUGGGAGGUAUCCAUCGCAUACUGCAACCUGCACCGACUUCACCACUUCAAGCACGCUAUACGCCUUCCGACUUUCGCAUUCUCGGGAUGAUGUCGUACUUGAAGGCGAUGUUAGGUGAGGGUAGGUGGGGAGCGAGUCAAUCAUGGGAAGUGAAUAUCCCCGGGACCAUUCAGAAUGUCUAUCUGGUCGGGCAGGGAUCCGACGGAGUAAUCAAUGAGGAUUUGGAGCUUGCUCUCAACGGAGCUCUUGUGGGUUUGCUCCAGUCUGAGCCUGAGGAGACCAUCUAUGAGCCGGGACGUCGGCCUGACGGCGUGUUUCUGGGCUACGGGAUCAUCCGAUGGAUCCAGCCAUCAUCGUUGGGCUUCAAGGUGGCGCUCUCAAGUCCUCUGCCAUCAAGUGCUCUUGCCUCUGUCAAUGCGAUCGUCAAGAAUGGGGCGAUGGAGCUCCCACUCUGCGCGCUGCUAGAAGCAGGAGAGGACGUACCGUUUGUAGAUUACUCCGCUAUUGAAGGGCCAGGACUCGAGAGACGGCGCAUCAGACGGAACAUUAUGCGGAAAGGCAUGUAGAAGUCCGGGACAAUUCGGAGUAGGCAGCCUCUCUAACCGUUUACGUAAACGUCCGAACAACACUUGAUGGAAAUUUCUCAUCGAUCCGAUGUGCCUGCUUCCAUUGCAACCGACUUUCACGUCUAAGAAUCACAUGAAAGACGAUCUAUCUUGGUCAAACAUCGGCUCAUC